UCAGUACUUCCUCCCGCAUCAAACGACAGCGGUAAACCCCGCCCAUUGGCGCCGCUUCCCAUCCCCCAGCGUUCCGAUUGGUGACUCAUUUCUCCAAACAGCCAAUGGAAAUGCUCAGAAUUCCCAUCCUCAUUAACAUACCGCUUUGGGCGCUGCCUAUUUAAUCCGCGCUCCGAACAGCUUCUGCUCAUUAUUGUGUUUGAAACCGACGAGGAAAUGCCGGAUCCAGCGAAACCCGCUCCCAAGAAGGGCGCCAAGAAAGCUUUGUCCAAACCAGCGAGCAAGACUGGCAAGAAGCGCAAGAGGUCGAGGAAGGAGACUUACGCCAUCUACAUCUACAAAGUGAUGAAGCAGGUUCACCCCGACACCGGCAUCUCCUCCAAGGCCAUGAGCAUCAUGAAUUCAUUCGUCAACGAUAUUUUCGAGCGCAUCGCGGGCGAGGCUUCCCGCCUGGCCCAUUACAACAAGCGGUCAACCAUCAGCUCCCGGGAGAUCCAGACCGCCGUGCGCCUGCUGCUGCCCGGGGAGCUGGCCAAGCACGCCGUGUCCGAAGGGACAAAGGCGGUGACCAAGUACACCAGCUCCAAGUGAAGACAAGUUUACUGACAAAACAAACCGGAAAAUCAAAGGCUCUUUUAAGAGCCACUCACGGUUUCGUUAAAAG